AUGGCAAAGAAUGAGGAGAAGAAGCAAGAGAACAGAGUGUGUGAGAAAAUCUUCAGAGCAGUAACGAGUCCUGUCCGAACUGUUCGCCGAAACUCCGCCAAACCUUGGCCGCCGAACCACCCAGCUGUACACGUCAAACUCUCAGAGACGUUGACUACAAAGAUCGAACCGAGGAAGACGGUGGUCACUCGAGUGGAGACGACCGUGAAAACGGACGAGAGGUUCACCGAAUAUAUAAAGAAAGCGAAGCUGAAGAUAAGGGCAAUGACGAAUCUGGGUGAUAUGAUGAGGAACGAUGCAUCGGAGACAAGUGAGACAGAGACACUUGAUCAUCAUCAUCAUCAUCAUCAUCAUCACCACCAUGUCGCUAUCUCUCGGGUAUCGAGAGAGAGUAGCAGUGGGAGAUCAGAUCAUUUCUCAGAGUACAUAAAAAAGGCGAAGAUGAAGCUCAGAUCCUCUUCCACUAUCCCUCGUGCUAACCCAACAUACGAGUCUUUCAAAGAUUGA